AUUAACAACUAGAAUAUUAAUUAUUAUAGUGCCGAUAGGUUCAAACUUUGGAAUUCGGAAUUAAUGUAAAAUGUAACCAGUCCGCGAAGUAACCUCAACAUUAAGACAGUAUUUUUAUAGUGUAUGCUAUAGUAAAUACUUAGAAGUUUUACCUGUGAAAAAAGUUUAAAUAUUCGUUUCUUCAGCAUCUUUAACCAAGGAGACGAAGAUGGAUAACGAUAACGAUACACUAGUCAACGUCACGUCACAAUACAACACAACCACGACCUCGGCGGGCGGUGGCUAUGAACCGGGAGUGUACGAGAAAUCCAGGGAACAGUUAUGGAAGAUAGUGGCACCCAUCAUCAUCGUCGUCGGCAUCGUCGGGAACCUCCUUUCCGUAGUCGUAUUCCUCCGGCAGAUGCGGAAAGUGACGUCCACCGUGGUGUUCCUGUUCACGUUAGCGCUGUCAGACAUCGUCAUCCUGCUGUGCGGCCCUCUCAGAAACUGGAUUAGGUUCACAUGGGACGUGGACAUUCGGCUCAUGUCGGACACCGGAUGUAGGUUGCAGGUAUACGUUACCUACCUCAGCCUCCAUUUUUCAUCGUGGCUGCUCGUAGCUGUGACAUUAGAACGUGCAAUUAGUGUUAUCCUCCCGCAUAGAGUGAAACUGAUAUGUACACCGAAGAACGCCUUUGCUUACACUUUGAUUUUGUUUCUAGUACUUGCUGCUCUUAACACCGUGAAUAUUGUAAUGUACAGUUUAAACGGAGUUAAAAAUCUCAAUUGUGCACCGAAAACGGCCGAGUAUCGAUCAUUUCGUGACAACAUAUUUGAGUGGAUUGACUUGGCCGUGUCAUUUGCUAUUCCGUUCAUUAUCCUUUUGGCAGGGAAUGCGGUGAUCAUCCACCACCUGCAGAGAUCCCGGUCCAGACGAGAUCAGCUGAUGGCAGGACAGGGCGACCGUCAGGAUGCGUCCGGGCGUUACUCGAGGUCGGUUUCGGUGCUGCUGAUCAGCCUUUGUUUGAUAUUCCUUGUUACAAUGACACCCAUCUCCGCCUACCUCGUCUACUACCCGAUCCGUUACAGGCAGGUGGAGGCGCUGUACACCCGUGAUGCGCUCGCCGGCUGGCACAGCUUCCAGGAGCUGCUCUUUUACCACACAGUCUUUAGCCUUCUCAGCUACACCAACGCCGCGCUCAAUUUCUUGUUGUACGUCUUCAGCGGCACCCGUUUCCGAUCAGAGCUGGUGGCAAUGCUGAGUUGCGCGGUGCCAUCCGGAUUUACGUUGGUUUGUGAUCGCUCCCCAACUCACCAGAAACACGAAACAUCCGGCUCGAACUCCACCGAACCAUCACGAAACACCUCCCAAACGAGAUUUUAAUCAUGGACCUAGCACCACCUGCUAUUGAUAUAUUUUUAUGAAAAAAAACGACCGUAAGAUGUUCAUUUAUAUAAAUACAAUUUCAUUUUUCGGCGGUUGCUGUUUAACGACUGUUCUGACCUAUCUGUUAGACAAAUAUCUCAGAUUGUAGACCAAUCAAAUAUUGUAUUUAAUGAAUGACGAAAAAAUGGGAGCAGGAUUUUUCAACCACUUUCCAAACGAAGAGUUUUCAAUCCACAUACUGUUCAACCCCUAUUUAAAGACUUUUCAAACCCUACCUGUUUGGGCAUUUCAACCCUUAGUUUGAGGAUUUUUUAACCUCUUCUCUCACUGUUUUAAAUGUCAUAUUGAAGAUGUUCAACCCCUAUAUUAAAGACCUUUCAAACUGAUGCGUUAUCCCGCACAAUUUUGGUGUUAAUUUAAAGGAUAUUGCUUGAUACACAUAUGUCAAGUGGAUGAGUUUACGUGUAUUAUGGACAAAGUUAAAGCAAUGCUUUUGUCUUUAAGGUACACAAUUGUGUAAUGGCCAAAAAAACUAAUUGCAUAGAAGGAUUUACGGCACGAUCUUCAUAUUUUCCCAGAAGUGUAGAACACCCAUAAAAAUCUCAACUUAAAGCCUUAUAGAACCUGAUUUACUUUUCUAAAAACAGUUAUGGAGUGUGGAACAAAUCCCCGCACGGACAAAAUUAUUUUAACUCAUUUUGGUAUAGGUGGGCAUAAUCGCCCCCCCCCCCCCCAUCAAUUUUCAUUAUCCCUCCCAUCAUUUUUACAAGGCGGGCAUAGUCCCGGGAGGGAUUUUGUCCGGGGAGGGGGGUUGUUAUGCGCUCUAAAAAAAUGUUAGAAAUGUAGUACCGUAUGGCUAUCUCAGAACAGUUUGAUUAUAGUUGUUGAUGAUGUGAUCUAUAUUGUAUUAUCUAAUAAUUCUGAUAUGAGGGUAAUGAUGGCCCCAAUUUCUCGAAACUUCUUAAGCUUAACAGGCUUAAGUAGCUUAUUUCAAUUAGCCGAAAUACAUACUUUAUUGAAUUUUGAUGAAUGAAAACUGGUUAAUUUCAUCAAGAUAAUUCCUAUCAAAAGUAUAAAAAGCUCUUGAAGAAGUAAAUAUUAUGAAAUAAAAAAAUAAAUAAAAAAAAUAAAUAGUGAGAUAACUUAAUCCCGAUAACAUUAUCUUAAUCCUGUUAAAAGGGACUUAAGAAGUUUCGAGAAAUUGGGGCCAGAGUCUUCGAGCCUUAGUUAGCUGUCAUUUCCAAGUUACUAUAACGUUGUGACCAUACUGAAUAUUUAUUGUGUGUUUAUUUUUUCGAUAUUUUGCCAAGAAAAGUCUAAUUUUUAAGACAUACAAUUUAUGAGUUUCAAAUUUGACUCAUAAAUCUAGAAAUUAUGAAGUAUUAUAAUGAAUUUAUUUUAAGGUGAACUAAUUAUAUUGUCUUGUUCAUUGAUGACAAAGUAUGGUGUGUUUAUUUGUUGUUUUUUUCUUAAAUGUUUCUAGUUUUCUGUCUUUUUCACAUACUAAAAAAUAUAAUGACAUUCUGUGUCAAUUAAAUUGUAUUACAUGAUUAACACAGAAUUUUAUUUUGUGGUGCCCGUUUUUAAUAUAAAGUCAGUGAUUUCUUCGAAAAGAAUUUAAUAUUUGUCCUACUAAUAUAUCACUUAUUUUAAUCCUAAGAUCCUCUAUUCUUGUAUUUCCAUAUGUGUUUCCAUCCUCGGCACCCCAGCGUAUCAUACAUAACCUAUAUGAUAUCAUAUUGGUUAUGAUACGCU